UAUAGUGUUAAAGGAAUAUGUGAAAUGAAGAUCGCUUACUACAAGAUGAUUUUUUCUGAAUUGAAUAAAAUUCAGUAAAAUUAUUGAUAAGAGUACUAUGAACACUUAUCAGCAAUCAUAAUUUCAAUUUCACCACCACAUUUAGAGUUAUUUUGGUCAUUUAAAAAUAUAUUAACAUCAUCGGUCAUAGAUUCUAUUAAAAAAAGAGGUGUCUGAUCGUUAUUGGCGACGUGAAAGAGUAUCGAUCACCUCAGGCUGGUCAACUCCGCUGACUUUCAACUCCAACUCCACUCCAACUCAACUCCAUUUUCAAAUUUUCAACUCCAACUCUAACUCCAACUCCAACUCUCUCAAUAAAAAGCUCAACUUCAGAUCAACUCCGGUUGCUUCGUAAGGAAGAUUUUUCGUUUUUUAUCAGGAUUCUGGACGUUUUUGAGCUUUUUUCAGCAGGAAAGCGCAAAGAACUUCCGAAUUCACUCGUGAAUACACUCCACUCUGUCGUUUAGAAGAUCAGUUUACAGCUAUUGAACAUUUCCAAAAUGCAAAACGGAGUUGAGAAUAAAAGUUCAAAAACCCAACUCUAGCCUACUAAUAUCUCAACUCCAACCCCACCAAAAAAAUCCUCAACUCCGGGGUUGGAGUUGCCCAGCCCUGGAUCACCUAUUUCCCUUUUAGUUGCGUCAUAAAUCACUUUUGGUAAAAUAAUAAAUGUACACUCUGAAGUAGUGGUACGUGGUCACACGACGGUGACUCGUGCAAUCAAAAGCAGACUAGGCUAUGCAUUAAUGCACUUGAAAUCAAAAAAGUGAUUCUCAUUUUUAAGAAUAUGGAAAUAUUAUUCAGAUUUUGAAAAUGAAUUUAUUGAAGAUACAUAUCAAAAGAAGAAUGAAGAAGAAGUUCAAUUAGGUGAUUAUGUUAUUGAUUUUACACAAAUGUUGCAAAUUAGAAAAGAUGAUAGAACUAAACAGAGACCUAUAAGACGAGAAGAAGUUGAUGUUAGUCGAUAUUUACGAGGAGAAAGAUUUUGUUCUGCGGGAAAACCAAUGAAAGCAUUUACCAUUACUCAAUACGGAGGAAGCAAAUCUACUUAUGGAUGGUAUGAGCGAAAUCAAGUGUUAUGUUAUCCUGCUACUCGUUAUUCAGAAAUUCUUCAACAAGCUGCUAAUGCGCAUCGAGAUAAAAUGCGUCUUGACACGUCAAAUGGCUCAUUUCUAGAGCGAUUAAAUGCAGGAUUGAAUGCACUUUCGGACGCACUGACGGCCCGAAAACAAAAUUUACAUGGACUUGAUCAAAAAGAACUAACUAUUUAUCGUGGUUGUAAACUCACUGAAGAAUUGAUAGAAGAAUAUACACAAAAUGUUGGUAAAUUAAUUCAAUGGUUAGCAUUUACAUCGACAACAAAAGAUCGUAAAGUGGCUGAAGUGUAUGGUAAUACAUUAUUUAUUAUUAAUCUCUAA